AUGGUCGCAUACCGGACGGAAUGGCGAGUCUGCGCAGACAGAGAAGACAUUGCUGGCAGCAUCGACUUCGUCGCAGAGCUCCAGGACGGAAGCAAGGUGUUGGUGGAUUGGAAGCGCACACGCAGCAUGAGCAAGAAGAGUGAAGCCUUCGGCAAAUUCCUACGUCCACCCUUGAAUUCCGUGCCCGACUGCGCCCUGUGGCAUUACCGCUUGCAGCUGAAUGUUUACCGCUACAUCGUCCAAGAGUACUACGGCCAAGUCGUGUCUUUCAUGUACAUAGUAGGCACGCACCCUGACAACGGCGACGAGCCCUGGGUCGAGAACGUACCGGUUCUGCACCACGAAACCCAAGCGAUGCUCCUUGCCUGCGCCGCCAAAAAGAAAAAGCCGCACGCCCGCAAGAAAGACAGUCGAAGCAACCGAGGCAUGCCAUGGCAAAAUCGCUGCAGCACGAUCGUGCCGCUGCUGCCUCCCUAUCUCGAAAAGGCAGACCUGAUACCGCUCCUCCAGAUGGAUUCGAGAACGAGGGACGGAAGCGCCAAGAUCGUUCCCCGCAUACGGCGCAUCAUCCACGAGCUGCGCUUCGCACUGCGACCCCUGGUGGACGGUCGACUGCGCCUUCCCGGCUUGGCCAACCCAUACAAACUUCGCGUUCGAGCAUCGCGGCCACACGAAAACUUUUGGAAGGACAUGGAUAGCCAUCCCCAAGCUUCCACGAUGGGGACGCAAGAAGCCGCCAGAAACUGGUUGGAACAGGCCGGACUCGGCAGCUUGAAUCCCGCCGAAGCCGUGCUGGUGAUCAACGCCUGGCCGAAAGCAACUCGAGCGGCGGGAAUGCUGGUCAGCGACUUCUUGACGGCUUCGCGAGCCCGGUUCUAUUACAUGCCGUCCGCAGAGAUCAACGACGGAGCCCGCCUCAUCAUCAUCUUCCGGAUAGAAGGAUUCGAAGGAUCCAUCGAGACGAGCAACCCGCCGAGAUCCAAUUAUGUGAUCGGGAGCGCUUGCAACUGCGAGAUAACAGAUAGCAGAGUCGCUGCGAAAACCGAGGCGAACUUCCAGCGCGCGCCCGCCGAUGGCACCGACGCGGUGCAGGAGCUCUUGCCGAAGACGAAUGCCGAGCAAGCCCCAGAGGCAGAACAACCUGCCGCAGACAUCAACGACGAGGGGACUCAAAAUGGACCGCUGCAAGUCACGGAGGCGGACAUCUGCAGGCCAGAACGACAAGGAAAGCAAGCGGAAAGGAAGCCCGGCAAAGAGAACUGCAGCAGCCGCGCCAACGCGUCUCCGCCUCAGCCGACACGUUCAAGCUCGGCACCUCCGACACGAGCCACCGAACCUGCCGUGACGCAGCUCGACGGCAGCGAAGAGGUCGCCGACACAUCAAUGAUACCGACCAGACCGAACUCGCAUCCUAUGAAAGACGACCGAAUCAUGUCGCUGAGCCAAGCGACCUUGGACAGACUGCUGACAGGAACGCAGAGUACGGUCAUGCACGGGCGACGCUCCAAAACCGGCCCCGUUUGGCUAGCAAGCCAAGGGGUCAUCCACGGGUACGGCGACAUCGCGAGCGCGGAGGAAAUGACCCCCGACGAGAUCAACGCACAGCGCGUCGAGGGCUGGCACCACGGCAAGGCGCACAAGAAGAGCUAUGGGAUUCGCAUCCACGCGAUCAGACGCAUAGAACCUCUCGUCCCCUACUUCCGACCACCGCGCCAAUCCAAAUGGGACAGGUACAUCCCCAUGCCAAAGAAGAGAAGUCGAAGUCCAUCCUCGGAAGGGGCAAGCGGAGCCGACGUGCACAGUGAACGCAAAGAUCGCAAAGUCCACGAGAAGGAGCAUAAGGACGCAGCCACACAGUCCGAGGACUCCGGCGCGAAGUUGAAAGCCCCCGGCAAACUCCACGAGAAGCAGCAAGAAUCCAUGGCAGCAGAGAUCAGGCUACUUCACGACGGGCAGAGGCUUCGAAAGAAUGGCGUUCGGCGCUUCUCUUCCGCGGAGGAUUUGCAGGUAGUCCUCCUGCCCUACGUGCGGACCAACAGCAAUAGCCAAGUCUCCCGAAACCUCCGAGAAGCUCUCUACGAGCAAGACACGGCAAAAUUGAAGAAAUUGCUUUGGCGACCGGUUGAUCCAAACACAACCUUUCCCCGAUACCUCCCGCGUCCUAUCACAGCAUUGGAGUUUGCGUUGCUGAACCAGGGACCACGCACGAAAACGGUUCUGUUGACGCUGCUAGAAGCCAAAGCAGCUCUUGACCGGCCCGAAAACCAAGGGAUGCUCUGCACGGCACUGAAGCACGGAGAAGACGAAUGCGUGCGACUGCUGCUAAAGCAUCGGGCCGACCCGAACGGUUCCAAGAACCGAAUAAUGCCCAUAGACAUAGCAUGCCAGCGUCGUCCCGAGCAAGGGUCAUUUCAGCGUGAAGCGCCCAAGACAGUAGCCAUGUUGCUGUCAGCAAAAGCAGACGUACAGCCCAUGCUUCGGGAUGCCAACAGCUGGGCCAUGCAACCAACCCCAAGGGAUUAUCUAGAUUACAUACAUCCUCGCACGCUCGCCAGCACCGUAUCCUUGGUGCGUGCUGCAGUGAUGCACGCAAACCCGACGUUCAUGCAGCAACUCGUCCAGACUGCCGAAAACGCGAAUGUUUGCAUCCUGCCCGCAUGCCUCUGCAGCGCAGCCUACGGAGGCAACGAGCACGCCGUACUCUGGCUUCUGAACGCGCAAGCCGCAGUGGACUCGCACAUCUGCCACCUCGUGCUGAAGGGAGCUCAUCAACUCCUCUUCAGCGUCCAUGCUCGCCGCACAGCCCUCGCCCUGGCUGCGGGCAGAGGUCACUGCGGAAUAGUCGCAAUGCUGCUCCGAGCCAGAGCGGAUCCGAAUACAAGACUGGACGGACAGACGGCCUUGUUGCAAGCUGCAGCACACGGAGCUCCCGAAACAGUGGUGUGCUCAAUCUUGAAAGCUGCCGGAGAAGUAAACCGAGAGGACAGCUUUGGCCGCACCGCUCUCAGACUCGCUUUGCUUUACAGAAAGCCGCCAGAUUUGCAGGUCGUUCAGGCGCUGUUGCAAGCCAAAGCCGACAAACAGCACAAAGACCAAUUCGGCAGAAGCCCUCUCAGCAUUGCAGCUCAGAAACUCGACGGCGCACUCCUGAAUCUGAUGCAAGACGACGCGAUGCAGAAGUGA